AUGGAGGGUGCCGAGGUGGCGAGCCUGCUGGGGGAGCGCGGCCUGGGGCGGCUGGCCCAGUUCAAGACGUACCGGCGGCGGUGGUUCCUGCUGGCCGCCGUGUGCCUGCUGAACUGCUCCAACGCCAUGCUGUGGCUGACGUUUGCUCCUGUGGCUGAUAAGACAGCUGCCUACUUCCACAUUUCCCUGGAGGUGGUCAACUGGCUCUCAAUCGUGUACCUCCUCAUCUCGAUCCCAUUUGGUCUGGUGGCAACAUGGGUUCUCGACAGCGUGGGCCUCAGAUGUGCUGUGAUCCUGAGCGCAUGGCUGAACAUGACAGGUAGCAUCAUCCGGAUAUUCAGCGUCCUGAAGUUCCUGAGCUUGGGUUCCCGGAGUUACUGGUACCUGUUUUUUGGGCAAUGCCUCUGUGCACUGGCACAGCCCCUUAUCAUCUUCUCACCAACAAAACUGGCAGCACUAUGGUUCCCAGAUCACCAGAGAGCAACAGCAAAUAUGAUUGCAUCAAUGUCCAAUCCCUUGGGUAUUCUCAUAGCAAACGUGCUAUCACCUGCACUAGUUCCUGAAGGAAAACACAUCCCAUUGAUGCUGGGUAUUUAUGCCAUCCCAGCAGUAACAGGCUGUGCUCUAGCAACUGUGGGGAUUCACGAGAAGGUUCCUCCAACGCCUCCUUCAGCCAGUGCCACUAACUCCACCUCCCAGCCAUUCCUCAUGGGGCUCAAAAUGCUCCUGAGAAACAAGCCGUACAUCAUCCUGGCAGUGUGCUUUGGAGGAGGAAUUGGGAUGUUCACCUGCUUUUCAGCUCUUCUAGAACAGAUCCUUUGUGAAAAGGGGUAUUCAAAUGAAUUUGCUGGCCUGAAUGGUGCACUGUUUACAGUGUGUGGUUUGUUGGGUGCUUUCCUGCUAGGCCUGUAUGUUGACCGGACAAGGAAGUUCAUAGAGUCCACCAAGAUUUGUUUCUGUCUGAGUGCACUUGCCAGCAUCGUGUUCGCAGUGACUUCUCGGUUCAGACAUCAGGCCGUCACGCUGGCGAUCACCAGCUCGCUCUUUGGUUUCUUUGGUUUUGCCAUCUACCCCAUCGCCAUGGAGCUGGCUGUGGAGUGCUCCUACCCCGUGGGAGAGGGCACAUCUACAGGCCUGAUUUUUGUUGCAAGCCAGGUUGAAGGUGUGAUUUUAAUGAUUCUGCUACAAGCCCUCACCGUGCGUGUUUCUGAGGAUCCAUCCUCCACCUGCGCCCUUGACCAGGGUGGAGCCCUGGACUGGACAACUCCGGUACUGGUACUGGCUGGCCUCUGCAGUGCUAUGGCCUGUUUCUACGUCAUCUUCUUCCACACUGACUACAAGCGGCUCCAUGCUGAGACAAACAGUGGUGAUUUGGUCAAGGCAGAAGAUGCAGCAACAGCAGAUGUUCCUGAAGCCUAACCAGGCCAAAAAGGGGAUGCCAAGGCCCCAGUAAGGGAAGGACUCAGGCCUGUGGGCAGGGACCACGACUGCAAAUGCUUAGCUGGCACACUGGGAUAUCCAGGUCCUGUUGCACAACAAGCAAGG